GCUCAGUGACAGUUGCGUCACGACGCAAGACGUCGCGCGCCAUUAAAAAUAGCCACUUUGGCAAAUCGACAAAGCGACCGACGUCCCGAAACCGGCCAGUUGAACUUUUGCCGCUUCCCGACACGCCGGCGAAUCCCGGCAAUUCGCGAAAUACGCGAAACAUCCACGGUGCGAUGCGAAUUUCGCUCUGACGGAGAUACGAGCAUUUGGAUUUGGUUCAGGUGUGACGACAGCUACAGCAACAGGUAGGAAAUUGCUUGGCACCUGCACCGCCGACGAAUUCCAUCACGUGUUAUGAGAUAAGAAUAAUAGGAAAAUGCCAUACUACUCAGACAUCGGCACCUCCGGUAGUGCCAAGUCGCUGCUGCUCAGUGGCCCGUACGCGAACCAUUCCUCUAUCAUCGCGUCAAACUACAUCCCGUACUCCAACACACUCCCAAGACAGUACCGAGCAGGGUACAAGCCUCAACUUACCACGAUCAGCGAAUUCAAUUCGCCCCUUAGAAGAGUAGACUCGCCAAAGUUGUACCACUCUUCACCUAAAGUCGUAUCAAUCAGACCUAUCAAGAUCAUCGAUACUGCCGACAUCGACGUCUCAGUGAACAGAUACAGGAAAUUUAAUAAAUACGAAAGAACAAAACCCGAAAUCCUAGACCUUAAACCAGUUGAGAAAACACCGAGCCCGAAAACCGUGCAAGCUACCGAAGAGAAAGAAGCCAAACCUACAACUACAAUCAAGAGAGAAAGAGCUACAGUACGAAUCAAAACUGUACAUGAAGACACCUUUAAAGAUGAAAUCAAUGAAAUCAAGAGCUGGAGAGACAACUUUAAAGAAGACGAGCUGUUUGAGACUGGUGGAAAACGAGUGAGAAAAUCACCUGGAGAAAUCCUCAAGGAAAAGUUCCUAAUUCGUAGCAAAAGCAAGGAAAACAUAGCAAAGCUCGAACCUGCUCCGAAUAACAGAAGAAAAUCUGUCAGCAAGUCUCCCAGCUUUCGCGAUAUAUGUAAGGCUAUCACCACAGAUGACAACAUCGAUGAUCUGAAUCCUGGGCAACCUCUUGAAGUGCAAAUCAAACAAAGUAGACAAGUAUCUACAGAAGAUAUUAUCAAACAUAUCCGUAGAUCUUCUACUCAACUUAGUGCUGAUGAUCUAAACAUACUAGAUCACAUAUUGCAAAAAGAAUCUGAAGAGCCGGAACCUGCUCAUCCUGGGGCGAAGAAGAAGAAAGCUGUUAGGAAAAAAACUGGUGAAAUUUUGACAAGUGGGGAUACCGUGGCGGAUUCAGAGCAAGAAACGGAAGGUAGAGGUACCGUCAAGAAGAAAAAAGUGCUUAAGAAAGGUACUAGUGAUGAAAGUGUUGUUUCUGGUGAGUGUAAAAAGACUGAUGCAGACUUUGAUUCUAGGGGCAGUUUCAAGAAAAAACGAGAUUCAAGUAUAAGUAAGUCUAGCUCUAAGGACACACUACUAAUAGAUAGUUCUCCAGUUUGUGAUGAAAUUAUAGAUAAAUGCGAAGAGGUUGGUGACAUUAAACAACCAGAGAAACAUCUCGAUAAAUCAAAAGACUUGAAAGGCAAUAUAAUUAGGCUGAAUAAAGCACCAACCAAGUCUGAUCUCAUCAAAGACCAGUCAGAACUAAAAAUAACAACUCCAAUCAAAGUUGUAUCUGAUAUUAGCCCAAAAGAUAAACUUCUCGAAUUAUCUAGCAAAAAAGAUACUUUAAAACAAAAAGUAAUUAGCAAAUCUGACUCAAGCACUAGCUUGCCAGACAAAAAGAUUAUUACUAGCCUAAAUAAGUCAAACUCUAGUCAAAGUUUACCAGAAGACAAAGCCUUAGAUCUGUUUAAAAAGAAAGCUGACAUAGCUCAAGAUUUAUCCAAGAAAAAAACACUUUUUAGCAAAGCUGAAUCAACUACUAGUUUGCCAGAUGCCAAAGCUAAGGAGCUAGACAAAUCCAGCUCUUCUAAAAGCUUGCCUGAUGAGAAAACAAAUACGUCACAGUUGACGAAAAAAUCAAACGAAUUCUCAGAACUAUCUAAAGAUCUGCCUUUUCUACAACAAAAACCACUUGUCAAAAAAAGUGCAAACAAAGAAGUUACAGACAAAAACAAGAUGACUGAAUCGAUAAUUGCUCCAAAAAUGCCUACUGUUAGGGAUAUUUCUCAGGUCGAUAUUGAGCAGACAGUGUUUAAGCCGAAACCAGUAAUAACUGGUACAAUAGGUGAAAUAGAGGAGAAGAAAUCUCCACUCAAAGUUGUGGUAGACAAUGUCGAGAUUGUGGAAUCACCCAAGAAAAAAGACAAGAAGUUCAGGUUUAACCUUGACGUUGAAGUCAAGGCAGAACCACCCAAAGUCAAAAUGCCUAUUGAGAAUGGUACAGUAGAAUUACCAGCACCUAAAGAUCCUUUAGUGAUAGGAAUCUUGAAAAAGAAGCCUUUAUCGUUAGUAGGUCAAGUUCUUGAGGAAAAGGAGCGAACGCUUAGGAUUAAGAAAGUUGCAACUAAGAAAGAGACUGAUAGUACUGUUGUAGGUGUAGAGAAAUGUGCUCAAUCUGAUAAGAAAGCAGAUAGCAAGGUUCCUUUAUCACCAAAUGAUAAAGAAGAACCAAAAGGCGUUAUUAAAAGAAAGCUGUUUGUGACCAAGCCAUCUCACAGUUCAACAGACAGUUCUGCCCCUCCAAGUCCAGUAACACUUGCGUCUCCUUUCAUCAAAAAUGACGAUGUAUUUGCAAAACGUACUAUUGUCGUACCAAGGAAAAAAGUUGAUACAGAAGAGCCUACAGAAGACCAGAGAGGUAGCAGAAAUAAAUUUGUGGAUAACGAUGAUUUUGCGAGACCUCUAUCCCCUCUGAGGCACGAUAAAGAAGUUUUAGAUCAUACAACGACAGAAGUAAUGAAAGACAACACAACUGCUCAACAAAAAAGUGGUACCGAAGAGGCGACUCCAAAAAAGAAAGUUAUAAAAGUAGUUAAAAAGAAGAAUAUUACGCCAGCAUCAUCAGAAGAUCAGGAUUCAGUGGUUGUUAAUGGUGAGGCAAAAAUAGAGAAGAAUAAUUUGACUUUGAAGGAAGGAGGAAAAGCAAUAGCAAAUGGUGAAGUUGUGAAAAGUUCAGCUGACGGUGAAGUUGACGAUAAGGCGCCAAAGAAAGAGGCAGUUGCCAAGAAGGAGGAAGAGGUGUCUAAAGAUGGAGUAAAAGGUAGUGAAGGAGUUGAGGCCAAGCCCGAUGCGGAAGUUGAUGAGAGGAAGACAGGUAUCGUUAAAAAGGAAGUUGAAGAUACAACAGGAGGUGGAGUGAACAUAAAGACAGUGCCGCUCAAGGACGAGCCAGUGGUAUCAUCCGCGGACAAAAAACUUGUAUCAAAGCGUUCGCUAGUGCAGAAAGCGGAUAAAGACGACCCCGAUUUGCAGGUGUUCGUCCCGCCGGAGCCUGAGUCUAAACCUGAACCGGAACAGAAAGAGACUUUCGUGCCCCUGCAAUCAAACCGCCUGACGCAGUUCAUGCAGCCCUGGAAAAAACCGGAGCAGUUCGACGUGUGCCCGGUGGAAAUAUGGGCAAAGCCCAAGGUGAUCCGUGGAAGGCACUACCCCCGACCAAGGGGCCAUCCGGCAGUGCAGCCCCACAGCGACAGUGAAGAGGACAGCGAGAGCGAGGAGGAGUCUACCUCGUCCAGCAGCGAGGACGACAGCACUUCCGAGGAGGAAGAGGAGGAGUGCGAUGGAGGUACGACCAAAGUUGCUGGCGCCAGCACUUCCUCCGUUGAUUCGGGCUUUGGGUCGGGAGCAGCUUGCAAAAAGGGGCGGGGAGCCAACCCUCCGCUACAACUCUCCUCCUUUAUCCGGGCUUGGGACCGACACUGGCAGUCACUGAGCUACUCAAUCCACCCAGCAUCUACCAGAGGCGGAGUUAGAGCAAUAUCAUUUUCGAAAAAUCAGUAGUCCUUACCUAGAGGUUACAGUAAAGGAUCAGCUAGCCAGCUAAUCCUUAAUGAUUUAACCCUAAACUAAAUCAUCAAUUUACGUCAGUGUUUUACAAAAUGGGUGAUAAGGCCUCCUUGUGGUGGGCUGGGGACCUACGGUGGACGGUAAAGAGCAUAAAGGAAAUUUGAGGGCGUUGAAUUGAACUUGAG